AUGGCGGAAGACCCUUUCGACGAUGUCCUGAACCUCGAGGAUCAAUUCUACGACCAGGGAUAUAAGCAAGGAUACGAAGAUGGCACCCAGGCUGGCAAAAUUGAAGGCCGCUCCGUCGGAUUGAAAAAAGGUUUUGAGAAGUUCUUGGAAGCAGGCAGGCUGCAAGGAAAAGCGGUGGUGUGGGCGAACCGGUUGCCCCGGAGCAAGACUCAGGUAGCAGAAGCGGCGCAAACAUCCCCCAACAAGUCCAGCACCCAAGACCAAAAGGGGGGUGAUGUUAGAGAGUCUCAGCUGCCGCCGCUUAGCUGCAAUCAAAGGCUGGAAAAGAAUGUCACGUCGCUGUAUGCAUUGGUAGAGCCGGGUACCCUGUCAACCGAGAACAAUGACGAGUCAGUCAAUGACUUUGACGACCGGUUCAAGAGGGCCCAGGGGAAGCUCAAAAUUGUUGAGAGGAUAGUACGGGAAGGAUUUGAAAAGGAAGGGUCCAACGAUGCUCCAGGUAAUAGUCCUCGGCCGGCGCGGAAUGAGAUUUAG